AGGGAGAGGGGAAGAAGAAGAAGAGAUAAGAGGGUAUGGCAGUCACCUUGGAUAUCCCAAGCGAGUACGGCUAUGUCGUGGUGGUGCUGGUUCUCUACAUGUUCUUCAACCUGUGGAUGUCCUUCCAGGUCGGCAAGGCUCGCAAGAAGUACAAGGUUUUCUAUCCCGCUCUGUACGCGGUGGAGUCCGAGAACAAGGACGCCAAGCUCUUCAACUGCGUCCAGAGGGGGCAUCAGAACUCGCUGGAGAUGAUGCCGGUGUUCUUCGCCACUCUGCUGGUGGGCGGGCUCCAGUACCCCCUCAUCGCCGCUGGGCUCGGCGCGUUCUACACGGUCGCUCGCUUCUUCUACUUCAAGGGAUACUCCUCCGGCGUCCCCGAGAACCGCCUCAAGAUUGGAGGACUCAACUUCGUGGCGUUGUUUGGGCUUAAAAUCCUGACGGGGGCCUUCGGGAUAAGCCUGAUUCUGAGGGAAGUGCUGUGACGACGAACAAAGGUCGUGUUUUGAUGCUUUCUGGUUGCUGUAAUAAACAUGGUCCAGGUAGGAGUCGGUGUUCCAUUCGCCUUCGUUCCGUGGGAUUUGUCGAUCUUGGUUUUUGAAGCUGGUCGCAUGGUUUGCAGUCUAUGUAUUCCCUGUUCAAAAUAUGAAUCCUUGGUCUGACUUCAAUUUCCCAGUUCUAACUUUA